GCACUGAUCUGUCGACAGGCGAAGAGGUGGCCAUCAAGCUGGAGUACCUGAAGGGCCGCCAUUCCCUUCACCUGGACCUGGAGGCGCGCUGCUACGAGGCAAUGACUGGCAAGGAGGGCAUACCGCGCCUGCGAUGGUUCGGCCGCGAAUGCGACUACAACGUACUGGUCAUCGACCUGCUGGGCAGCAACUUGGAGGAGCUGCACCUGGACUUGGAUCGCAAGUUCACCCUGUCCACCAUCCUCAAACUGGCCAUGCAAAUGAUCUCUCGCGUUGAAGCCCUCCACGACGAGGGCUUCGUCCACUGCGACAUCAAGCCGAGCAACUUUGCGGUGGGCCGGGGCGAGCAGAAGCAGGUCAUCUUCCUGAUUGACUUCGGCCUGGCGAAGCGCUACCGCGACCCGGAGACGGGGCAGCACGUGCCGCUGCGGCGGUGCUCCUACGCCGGCACCGACCGCUACAGCAGCAUCAACACGCAUCUCGGCUACUCGCCCACCCGCCGGGACGACAUUGAAAGCCUCGGCUACUCCAUUCUCUACUUCUUCAACGGCUACCUGCCCUGGCAGAGCAUGGCCGGCGCCAACAGCCGCCACAAACGGACGCGCAUCCAGCAGAAGAAGAGCUCCAUGUCGGUGGAGGAACUGUGCCGCGGCCUGCCCCUGAUGGCCGACUUCUUCCGCCACGUCCGCGAGCUGAAGUUCGACGAGGCGCCCGACUACGCCUACCUGCGCCGCCUCUUUGAGGCCCUCUUCGAGCGGAAGCGCUACCGACUGGAGGAGGACUGGGACUGGGACCGGCCGCCGCCGCCGCCGUCAUCACAAAACGAGGGCGACCGUUUCGACUGGGCGAGCAGCAGCUGGCGCCGAAGCGGCGGCGGCAGCAGCCACCACCAUCAGCAGAACAAGGACAAGUACGGGCGAAGUGGUGGUGCACCACGGGAGCGCGAUCCGGCGCUGGCCGAGGCCAUCAAGGGCCACAUGCAGCGACUCUUUCUCGAGCAGCUGGGCGUCAUUCCAAGGGGAAACGCCUUCCCUGGAGCUGCUGCUGCUGCUGAAACGGGUGAAGGCGCUGAAGGUGCUGAAGGCACUGAAGGUGCUGCUGAGAAGAAGACCGAAGAAGCACCUCCUUCUCCUCCAACACUCCACCUGAUCCCGCUCACCCCUGAAGCGCUCGAAGUUCUCUAA